AUUGUACACAUCGAACGCAUCUUCACUGAAAAAAUAAAAUGGACAAGGAACAGAACAUGGCUGAUGUGAAGUCACUUGAGCAUCCCACGUUAAAGGUGCCAUAUGAAGUAUUGAAUAAAAGAUUUCGAGCUGCACAGAAGAAUAUAGAUAGAGAAGUAUCACAUGUACAAAAUGCUGGUAAUGAUUUUGAAAAAUGUCUACAGAAAUCCUCAGUGUCUGUUGGAGAGGUCACUCAAGCUAUUGGUAAUAUGGUAGAAAAAUUGUCAAUUCUAAAGAGAAAGGCUGAUGAAAGUCUUCAGCAUGAGAUAGAUGCUGCUAGAGUUAUUAAAAGAAGAGUUGACCAUUUAAAAGAAGUAGAGAAUUUACCAGAUAGUGCCAAACCAUUAUGGCACAAGAAAAGGUUGGAUCGAAUGAUCGUAGAAUUUUUUCUCCGAAAGGGAUAUUAUAAUUCAGCUUUAAAGUUAGCAAAACAUUCAGAAAUAGAGGAAUUAACAAAUAUAGAUUUGUUUUUAACAUCAAAAGAAGUUGAAGAAUCUCUGAUGAAACAUGAAACAUCUCCAUGUUUGGCCUGGUGCCAUGAUAAUAAAUCAAAACUUAGAAAAAUGAGAAGUACAUUGGAAUUUAAUGUUCACAAACAAGAAUUUAUAGAAUUAGUUCGUAAUAAUAACAGAAUUGAAGCUGUAAGACAUGCCAGGAAAUAUUUUAGUAAUGCCGAUACUGUUCAAAUGCAAGAUGUUCAGAAAGUUAUGGGACUUCUAGCUUUUCCAUCAGACACACAAAUAUUUCCGUACAAGGAAUUAUUUGAUCCAGGACGUUGGCAUAUACUUGUUCUACAAUUUCGCGAAGAAAAUUUUAAACUUCACCAAUUAAACAGUACAUCAGUAUUUACUGCGGCUUUACAUGCUGGUUUGUCAUCACUGAAGACACCUCAUUGUUAUAAAAAAGAUGGAGAUGGUAAAAGUUCAGAUUGUCCAGUCUGUAGUCGACAUCUUAAUGAAAUCGCCAAACCAUUACCUUACGCUCACUGUGCCAAUUCCAGAUUGAUCUGUGCAAUAUCUGGUUGUCCUCUUAAUGAAAAUAAUCCUCCCAUGAUUCUUCCAAAUGGUUAUGUGUAUGGAUUUUCUGCCCUUGCUACAAUGGCAACAGAAAAUGAUGGUCGUGUCGUAUGUCCUAAAACCAAAGAAAUUUUUAGCCUUGAUGAUGCACAAAAAGUCUUUGUUAUGUAAUAAUAAUAUGUGAUAUAUGUUUAUCUAUGCUCUAAUUUACACCAUGCACAUAUUUGUACAUUUUACAUUAAUUUGCAUAAAUGAUGUGUAGAAUAUGUGACAAGCUUUUUUAGUUGAUUUAUUGUAGAUAGUUUUAAUUGAUAUUUGAUGAUAGGAUGACUGGUGAGUAUUCUUUAAAGAUAAAGAUGCAUUAUGUAAGAUUUAGAUAAAGAGCUGGUCACUCUUGGCAUCUUGCUAUUAUAAUUCUAACAUAGAUACAUGAAAGAUAAUAUAUUGAAAAUUUCAGUCCAAUUACUUUUAUUCUGUGCAAAGUUGAUAGUGUUUGAAGUUUUGACAAAAUGUAGCAUAGAUUGUUUAUCUUAGCAACGAUACUUGACAAUCAAGACUAUCAUUAAAUUCUUAAAUGGCUGUGAUGUUCUUAAAAUUGGAGCCAUAGGAUAGCCCAGAUAUUUAAUUAUGGGAUUGUCAUGUUAAUAAAUGUUUAAAUAAUAAUUUAUAUAAGAUUUAAAGCAAAAAAAAGGACCUGCAAUAAACAGAUUUAGCUCUUAUAUAAUGCAUCUUUUUAAAAAAAAAAACAAAAAAAACGCAACUAAUUUUAACGCUAUAAUAAUGCUGUCUGACUUAUAUUUCAUUACUUUAGCAACAUAUCAGUCUGUGAUGUUCUUGAAACCUCUGAGAGGUAAUUUAUCACCAACAUUCAUGUUUUUACUACCAAAUGUUUGAGCUAUAUUCAUUAUAACUUCCACAACCCUACUGGAACCCAUCUUCAGGAAUAUACAAGGAUACAAAUGUAUUUUAGUGAAUAAAGCUUGCUAACACAGGAUGAAAGAUUGUAGCAAACCCUUAUCCUGUGUAAAACUAUCUGAUGCUCUGAGGUAGUUUUCUGUUUGCCAGUGAAACUGGCCAUGAGUCCAAAUAUUCCCCACUGUGUAAAUACCUAGAAAACUAUGGCUAUAUACAAUACUUACAGUACCGGUAGUUAUAAUUUAUGUGGUAUUUGAUCUUCGCAAUUAUCUGUUCACUCACACAAGUUUCAUAACACUAGCAUUUCCAAGGGGUACAAAAAUUUCAUUUGGUAAAUAGGCUAUUUUCUUAAAGUAUCACUUUAAUUUAAUCUGGGACAUCCUUCUUUAAUCUUAACUCCCCACAAAAAACAAUACAGAGAGAAACCUUAUUCUAAUUCAUUUUCUCACCAGAGAGAGAGGUUUAAGGUCCACUUGACACAAAGUAGGUCAGUUCGGGACUGGCAUAUGGAUGAAGCUCAUUUCAAUAAUUCGCUUGCGCAUAGGUGUCUUUAGCAGUGGGAGGAAAUUGGAGGAUCCGGAGAAAACCCAUGAGGUUGGACAGGCAACCCUACUCUUUGUCACGUACAACCAGGGAAUCGAAACCACACCAAUUGACUCAAUGACAGACCUUAUGAUAGAACACGCAUACGCUAACCAUCGGCCAUAUACCCCCCCGCCCACCCCCCACCUGAAGCCUGGUACAUUUCACAACUAAUAUAGUAUUGCAUCUAUAUACAGUAACUUGGUGGUUUAUACAGAUAAAAUAUAAUAUAGGUAUAACAUAUUGUUUAAAUGACAAGUAUAUUCACAAUUUGAUAUUAAUAAGCACAUUACAUGAUAUUAAUAAUAAAACGUGUGGAUAUUUUAUACAUCCUGAAAUGUUAGAUUGAAAGAGUUGAAUAUCUGAUAGUAUAAAAUAGAGACUACACUAGAAAAAUGUGACAAUUUCAUCUGUAUUAAGAGAUUAAUAUAUCUGUAUCAAUGAUCCAGUCAUUUAGUAUCAAAGAUCCCUCAUUGAUAAUUAUCAAAGGUCCAGUCAUUUAUCAAAGAUUUGUAACAAGUUUGUGAAAUCUAACUUUCAUGCUUUUUUAAUUCAGGAGGACAUUUGUACUGAAUAUAAAAAAAAAUCAUUUUCGCUAUAUAAUACUUUUUUUUCUAUUUCCUAAGCUGUUUUCCUUCUAUUAGUUUUCACAAAAUUUUAAGCAAAAAUGUUAUUAGGUGGUUCAUGUGCAGAAUGAACCUCUUUAGAUGAUGUGUUUAACAUUUGACAGUUUAAGCCAAAAAUUAAACUCAACUUAGUGGGUCAAAAUAAGUGCUAGAAUGGAUUUUUUUUUUUUUCAAAGCAGACAGUACACUGUAGGAUUGUACACUAUGUAGACAGAAAGUUUUUCUUUAUUAUCAGUGCAAGUUUCUUUAGUUUGUCUGAUAAUGUGUAUGUUGUGAGAUGGUAAGAACUGAAUUAUGAUAUAUCUUAUAUACAGGGUGACCCAAAUAAAACAACCCAUAAAUUUUUUAUUAAAUCCUACAAAGGUCCAGCAAAUUUCUUGUGUGAGAUCAUUCACCAAAGAACAUGUGUUCGAAUAAUUGACAAUUUUGCGCAACUUAGCAAGUUUGCCUUCAGUGCGGCAGAGACCACUUGGAGUAUAUUUUAGAAAGAAUAUGACUUUUAUGCAAAGCCACCAAAAUGACUGAAACUUUGGGGAAUGAUCUACACAGACUGAUGUUUAAGACCAGCAAAUUUGAUGGACCUUUGUAGGAUUUAAUAAAAAAUUUAUGAGUUCUGUUGGGUUUUUUUGGUCACCCUGUACAUCUAAUAAUACUUAUAUUAUUACAGUUAUUAUUAAGGAUAUCUGAGAUAUAUACUAGUAUACAUGUAUGUAGCGUGAUUAUAAACAUGAGUAAAUCGGAGAAUGUUUUAAGAUGACUAUUUUGAAGAAUAAAGGUUAUAAUGUAUACAUA